CCCCCAUCAUGAUUGAUACCGGCGUCGUCCUCGACGACGCCGGGUUCGCUCUGCUGUCCACUCAUGCACACAGCGAGAACGGCGUCGGGCUCUGGGUGCGGGACAACUUCCUCUCUGACGUACUUACAAACAUAUUUUUCGUUAAAUACUAUGUUAUUGCAUCAAUAACGCUUCUGUAUUUUGAUCAUGUGAUCACAUUUCCACUCGAGGUCCAAAGAGUCUGGUGUACGCGCUUCACUGGCGCAUCGUUUCUCUUUCUUUUGAAUCGAUAUGUCCCCUUCUUCGGGUAUAUACCCGUGGUAUUGGGCUUGUUCGAUCCUCCAUGGAAUAUUGCAUAAGCUUGACAUUAGAGCAACAGUACCAGCGAUUAAUCUGACCAUGCGGCUUAAGAUGCAAGAAAUUUGCUCCAUUUAUCGGUGCCUUGGGCCUGAUCAGCAACCUCAUUGCAGCGAUUAUACUAAUUCUGCGAACUUAUGCGCUGUAUGGAAGGACAUUGUGGGUUUUGAUCGUCACUGGUCUAUUCGGCGCAGCUUCCGUGGCAGUAGGUGGAUGGUCAACCAGUUCUGUGGAGGGUGAACUAUUAAAUUUCAGGCCAAUAGUUGUCUGUGUCCCCAUGUUAUUUCACGAAUUUGGCUUGAGAUUUACCUGGAUUAUGACGUUCAUCUUUGAUAUUGUUGUUUUUGGCCUUACUAUAGCGCGCACAUAUCAAUAUGCGAAGGCCCAUUCAAGGAUGCGCAUGCACUCAGAUUUAACUUUUCUUCUCAUGCGGGAUGGAAGCAUAUACUUUCUUGUCAUGUCUAUUGUCAAUGCCGCGAAUUAUAUUUUGUCAAUAAGGAUCCGAAAUUCGUUCUUUGCGUCUGCUACUGGCACCAACUCCAUUCUUGCUAAUGUAAUCUCUGUGACAAUGAUCUCUCGCUUGCUACUCAACCUUCGCGAGGAAUCGGUUCAAUAUAACCGUCGCAGUGCAUCUCGAUCCCGCUCUUCGACGAUACCAACGCUGACAGACACAAAUCUCAUAUUCACUUCCCGUAUUAUUGGCAACCUUACUGCUGAUCUUGACUACGAAAGUGUUGGUAGCUUCCAUGCCCGUGAUGGAAGCGAGAACUAUUAUGGCUACAGUGGUGAAGAGUCAGAUGAGCUAUAUGAGCUGCAAUCGCGAAGUACACGCUCGGGGAUCACUUCACGAUCGAAAUAUAGCGGCCGUUCGAUGCUGAGCGAUCCUGGGUCAUCAUCUGGAACAGGAACGAUUGCUGGCUCGCCCUCCGGAUCGGGUUCUGGAGCAGACUCUGGCAUGAGUAGAAUUGACCGAACCAGGCAAUCAAAGCUCACGUGGGACCAAUCUGCGAACACUGCUUCAUCGUCUACAGCAGGGAGACACCGGAUGGACGGGCUUCUGAGCCCUACGACGGCAGUGGAGUCACAUCUAGGCCUCUUACCCUCUGGCGAGCGCAGUCCUCAGUUACUCUCCCCGCUGUCUCCUGCCACGUCACGAUCAAUAGCACCGGCACUCGAUCAGCCAACAACGCUAGUCUCUCCGCAUCCAACGUCCCCCAUAUCACCUGACCGUGCUCGAGAUCUUGCGUUCAUAACGAUGAGCAGAAGCGAAGACUGGGACGGGAAUGUAGAGCGGGGAUCAAGUGGGAACAGGGAACGAGCACGACAGCGAAUGCACUUUCAUUCGGCAGGUACCGAUGAGGCAAUUGAAAUGUCAAGUUUCAAGCGACAGACAAGACCAGAAGGCAGCUAUGAUCACGAUCUGUACCACGACCAUUAUCGACGAGCGCCUCAUUCGCUUCCCGAUACCUGAAAAAUGCCAUAAAAACAACUGCCUUUCAAGCUCCCCUAAAUGCCUGCUUUCCGCCAUCUCCGCCCGAAGGCAUAACGUACGCUCGGCGGCUGCCUGUACCUCGAUUGAAUAGAUUCGAUGACUGAACUCUGCCUGUUCUUCCGCUUUUGCAGAGUAAACUGCGCGAAGUUCCGAGCACACAUGUGCCUUUCCCUUCAUCCCCGUCCUCGGUCGCUUCUGCUCUCCUUCUUGCCGCAACUUUGUAUUAUAAGCAAUUGAGUCGUUUCAAUCCAUCUUGUCCUGGACUUGGAAGUGUAGAUUUCUUGGGAUACGACUAUUUACGAAGCUUCAUUUUGCAUGGGCCCUUUCUUGCUAGCAUGAUUAAUUUGUUUUUCCAAUUCUUCGGGACUUGGAUUCGGAUGUAAUAUGGUACUAAAAAUCCUAUUAUGCCGCAAGCGCGAUGAAC